UAGUGGUUGACCACAAUGGCUCUGAACAUCCCCGGUGUGAUUGCAGCGGUGCUGUUCUAUAUCCUGAUUUUGGGAACAGGGGUGUGGGCUGCCCAAAAGUCCAAGAAGGCUGAGAGGAAAAGCCAUGGAGCCAGGACUGAAGUGGUGCUCCUCGGAGACAGAAAUAUCAGCUUGCUGGUUGGGAUUUUUACCAUGACUGCUACGUGGGUCGGAGGUGGUUUUAUCCUGGGUAUUGCUGAGGCGGUGUACUCUCCUAAAAUGGGCUUAAUAUGGGCUCUAAUGCCUAUACAUUACGCAGUUUCCUUUUUAAUAGGUGGGCUUUUCUUUGCCAAGCCAAUGAGGAAUAAGAAGUAUGUCACCAUGAUGGACCCAUUCCAGAUAAAAUAUGGCAAAGUACUGAGUGGAGCUCUGGUGCUGCCUUCUCUGCUGAUGGAUUUGCUGUGGGUGGCAUGCACUCUGCUUGGCUUAGGAGCAACUAUGAGUGUGAUUCUGGACCUACCCUAUGCCUAUUCUGUGUGGAUCUCAUCAGCUGUGGCCAUUAUCUACACAUUGUUAGGAGGCCUUUAUUCAGUGGCAUACACUGAUGUAAUCCAGCUCUGUCUAGUUUUCAUCUGUUUGUGGUUCUGUAUCCCCUUCCUGCUGCUCAACCCCAUAUCUACAAACAUUGCUCAGACAGCUUUCAACCAUUCUUUCCAAAAACCUUGGGUCGGUACUUUGGAGCAGGACAAAAUCGGGAAGUGGAUUGAUGACUUCUUAAUGAUUGGUCUUGGUAGUGUUUCAUUUCAGAGCUUCCACCAGAGGACGCUGUCUGCCAACUCAUCACGAACAGCCCAGAUAACCUGCUAUGCUGCUGCUCUUGUCAUCAUCAUACUUGGAAUCCCCCCUACCCUAAUUGGGGCUGUCGCCGCCUCCACAGACUGGAACCUGACGCUGUAUGGCUCUCCAUCUCCAUAUAUGCGUGGUGAAUAUAGUUUGGUCCUUCCCCUGACCCUACAAAACCUCACUCCGUCUUACAUCUCAAUCGUUGCAAUCGGAGCUGUGGCCGCUGCUGUCAUGUCAUCCGCAGACUCUGGCCUGCUGUCCGCAACUUCUGUUUUCACCUCAAACAUCUACAAGAACAUCCUGCGUGAACAGGCAUCAGACAAUGAAAUUCAAUGGGUGAUUCGAAUCACAGUGGUGGUGGUGGGUGUGGUUGGGACAUCCAUAUCAUUCUACACCAACAGCCCCCUGGUGCUCUGGAUUCUCGGAGCAGACGCCUCCUACACCCUUAUGUUCCCCCAUCUGGUCGCCGUGCUCUUCUUUGAAGUGACAAAUGGUUAUGGUGCCAUGGUAGGUUACAUCGUAGGGCUGACUGUGAGGGUUUUGUUGGGAGAGAACAUUUUAGGUCUACCUGUUGUUCUUCAUCUUCCUGGUUGCACAUUGGAAGAUGGUGUCUACGUCCAAAAGUCCCCUAUCAGGACAGUCUCCAUGCUCUGCACUUUGGUCACCAUCUUAGUUUUGUCCUGGCUGGCUUUGUUCAUAUUCAAUCAUGACCUGUUGCCUGAGAGGUGGGACAUAUUCAAAGUAAAGCGUAAUGUUACUGUGUCACCUGUGGAUCCUGUUACGCAGAAUCUCAAUGAAGAAGCAGGGAGUGAUGCUGAGUAUGACGAGAACAAUUAUGGAGUUGCCUUACAGCCAGUGCUGCAGACUGGAUCAUAACCAGUCCUUUAAAAAAAAAAACAGUGGCAUGAAUUUUAAAAUAAUCUUGAUAAGUAUGUUUAUUUACAGAAACUGUAAGUUAAAAUUGCCUUUAAUUUAAGCUUCUAAUAAUAAAAAACAUUUAUUUGUUCCAUCAUAAUGUUCCAGAACCCAAUUACAUGAAAGAGAGAUCAUUUGAAAAAACUGUUGAUAACUCAAAAAUAAAUAAAGGUUUCAUAUUUUCAACAGUUAAUAAGUGACCUGUAUCCAAAUAAGAUGGAGAUUAAAAUCAUUUUAUUUGUGCUCUUCAAAGCAUUAGAAAUUUUGGAAAAUUCAAUUGUAGAACCAGUGCCUCUUACUGAAAGUCAUUCAAAGACCCCGAUUUGACAUGCAAGCAGUAAGGUAAAAAAAUAUACAUAACAACAAUGACCUAAAAGACAAGAAAUAAAAAUUUAAAAGAUGCAAUAAAAAAAGCUGCAAUAAAUAAAGAGCUGUUAUCAUUACAAUUGCAAUAAAAGUAGUGCACGUUAUGCAGUAGCAAGUGUAUGAGGUAUACACUAUAUGCUGGCAGUGUGGCUUCUCUAACUUGUUUACAUGGACACUGAAAAAAGAAUCAACAAGUACGGCGACGCUCACGCACUGCUUCGAUAUGCAACGUGAAUCGGGCCUCACCCUUGUACACUUAGCCUAUCACUGCAUGAGCAGCAGUGCUUGAUGAUUGUGAGUUUCAAAAAUUAUUGGAUGCAGCCUGACAAGUUUUUGGACACUAUAACAUGAUCAGUCGAGCAGUUUGUUGAGUUCCAGUUGACAUGGAGCACCACAGGAUUUUCCAUCCAACCAACUCAAUGCAUCUUUAUUGAAAUAAGCAAGUAUUGGCCGGCACUCCGUGGAGCUUACGACCAUGGUGCUUUAAGAUAUUUCUUCUGUACUGCACAUAUCAUUUGUCACUUCAGUAUAACUCCUGAAUACCGCAUACAUAGCAUAUACACAUAUGCAGAUACUAUACAUAUUAAUCUAGUCCAUGUUUACCUAUUCAGCCUUUAUUUCUUUGUGGAAAUUUUAUAGGCUACAACUUACAGAACACUUGAACAGCAUAUAAACAUUUCAUUUUUAUUUUUUAUUUCUGGUCAUUGGUGCUUUUUAUUCAUACAGUAUAAUAUUUAAAUAAAUACCAAUUAAUUCACACACUUGUGUACAUAAUAGUCCUGUCUGUGAUACGCCUUUAUUCGUCCAUCUUUGUUGUCCUUGUUCCCAGCUAUUAUUUCAAGAUUUUAUUUGCAAGUACAUUGAAAGCAAUGCAAAGGAAGUUAAA